GGGACUUCAAUUAUGUUGGUUGUGAGGUUGUGAUGAAUUUGUGACACAACCAAUGAGGAGCACAGUCGCAUUUCUCAUCCUGGCAGGUCUCUAUCACCAUGUCCCAAUUCAUCAAUGCUGUUGCCUGAUUUAGGCACUGCUGAACCACCUGGUUCGUUUCCCUUGGUGCUAUCGCUUGGUUUCAGCUCCUUGCAUACCUAGUAUGUUGUGCUCAGUCUUCGAAGCGAAGACCGAGGUUUUCUCAUAGCCUGUCAAUGUUGAUGAUUGAUGUAUGACCUGGAACUAAGAAACAGUGCAUCCACGCUUGCGGCAUAAAACCCCAGAUUGCUUUUGCGGCCAGGCACGUCGAACUUCGUCUGCUUUCUCAUCAACAACCGACUCAUCUCCAUCACCGGAACGCAUUUAUCUAAAUCAACGUACCUGCCAACACUCACGCGUCUUAACAAUAAUCAUGGCCGCCGCCGUCGAGUCUGCGCCCUACACUGGUCCCUCUCCCCGCGAGAUGAUCGAAAGCCACACUCUGGCACAGGAAAUCAUCAAUCGCAACAACGACGCCUGUCCCAUCCUCGACUCUGAUGAGCUCUCUCUCCUCUCCGACUUUGUGAAAGACCCAUCACAGGCCCGCGCUCUACUCGAGACACGCGGACUGACCGACGAACCCACCAAAUCUGGAAGUCUUGUGGCCUACGUCAUCUCACUACACGGCACCGACAAGGCCGCUCUCACUAAUGAUGAGAUCAAGAUUCUCAAGGAAUGGUUUGAGAAUGGCCAGAAGCUUUGAAGGAGAUGGAGAAACGUGCAAGGCGGGCUUGGCGUGUUCAUAUAUCGAUGUCGUACCAGCGGCGAAGAGGCUUCCUUUCAACGUUGCAAACAGUCAUUCUGUGAGCGGUAGGAGCUAGCUCGACUGAAUGCUUGAGCAGUGAUCGAUCAAACUUGCCGAGUAUCCAAUAGAUAUUCUCAUCGGUGGCGGUAGUGCCUGGACUCAAAACUUAAGCUUAAACGUAGUUUGAUUACAGUGCCAGCGGCUUUUUUUUUUCCUCUCUUUUUUUUCUAAAUGGUCCAUGUGAUGCCAAUUUGUAGACACCUU